AUGCAGAGUGCUAUUCUUCAUACUGGUGAUACUCAAAUCAACACGGAGGAAUGGUUCGGCCUCUAUCAGAACUGCGUGCGACAUUUCCUGGAUGUGGCACAACAUUCACCGCUAGCGCAAUCGCUCGCCGCGUUUCUCAAUAUUCUCCUGCCUUACCAACGCGUCUUAGAGCCUGUUCUCCGAUUGACAGAAUCUACUAGCCGCUAUCGGUCUAAGUCCAAUUAUGGGUAUAUGCUGCGAGUGUCUCCUGGACCAGUUUCGCUUAUUCCCUAUAUUCGGCGGCUGGUUGUUACGGCUACAGAUACCCCCUUGACAAUGCGAGAGUUAUUUGGGGAUGACUGGUGCGCCGGUAUCGGACAAUUACACUUGCAAGAACGUAUGAACUAUUUGUUUGCUGCUAAGAGUGUAGGCUGGCUGCAAACCAAAGCGCAUUAUGACUUGCCCCCAUAUGAAACCGUUCCAUUUCUACGUCCGCUGCGUGACCCGCAAGAGCAAGAGCUUCGAGUGGCUGAUGUUCGUUGGAGUGAAUGGCUCGCUAUGGAAGACUGGAUGGUUGGACCGCGGAGUCCGUUUUGA